AUGGCCGAGAAGUGGCUCAUGGACGUAUCGCAUCCCGAAUCUAUACAUUAUGGCAAGCAUUGGUCCCAAGAACAAGUCAUCUCUGCGUUCGCUCCAACGGAAGAUACCCUAAGCGCGGUUUCUGAAUGGCUUGUUGAGUCGGGUGGCAUUGCUAAGGAACGCAUCACUCACACGGACAACAAGGCCUGGCUUGCAUUCGAUGCCACAAUUGAAGAGGCAGAGAUAUUGCUGAUGACGGAGUAUCACGAGACUCAUGAUAAAGAGAGGACGAACAACGACAAGAGAGCGUCGAAAAAAAGCGCCUUAAGCGAACUAUCUCGGCAAACCUCUGAACCUACUCUGGAUCCACGAGCAAAUACCGAUCCCUUGGAUACGUGCGAUCAGAUGAUUACACACGAUUGCAUCCGUGCUCUGUACAAUAUCCCUUCGCCAGACCCCGAAGCGGGGGUGAGUCCCAACAAUACUAUGGGUAUCUUCCUACUCUCCAGCGCAUACGCUCAAGGAGACCUUGAUCUGUUCUUCUCAAACUUUACGCCCUAUAUUGCUAACGGAACUGCACCGAUCUUGAAAUCGAUCAAUGGUGGUGUGGCACCGGUCGACAUUCUGCAUGCCGGAUCGGAAGCCGACAUGGACCUCGAAUUAGCUAUCCCCCUUGUCUACCCGCAAGAGGUUGUUGCCUAUCAGAUCGACGAUGACUACUGGGCAGCAAAGCAAGUGAACGAGGGUGGGAUGUUCAACACAUUCCUGGAUGCUAUUGAUGGGAGUUAUUGCACGUACGAAGCAUAUGGUGAAACAGGUGAUAAUCCAGACUUCGAUCCUGUAUACCCAAACAGUAAUGAGGGUGGAUAUAAAGGCGAACGCAUGUGUGGUAUCUACAAGUGCGACGAAUGGCUAAAGCUUGGGUUGCAAGGCGUCUCCGUGUUUAUCGCAUCAGGCGAUAACGGUGUUGGUGACCUCCCUAAGCCCGACGCACCGAAUGGCUGUCUCCGCAACGACACAGUCUUCUCACCUGGGCAUCCUAAUACCUGCCCCUGGUUGACCAGUGUCGGCGCCACCAAAGUCUAUCCCGGAAAGACCGUCUACGACCCAGAGAGUGCUGCAUACAAUCCUGAGUACUAUUACCCGUAUUCGUCUGGCGGCGGCUUUUCAAAUGUGUUUGGAAUCCCAGACUAUCAGUCGAAGGACGUUGCGAAUUACCUCAAGAAUAAUGACCCGGGUUACGAUUACUAUUUUGAUGGCAAUUGGCAAAAUAGCACCGGAGUCUACAACCGCAAUGGACGGGGCUUUCCCGAUGUCUCCGCGAACGGCGACAACACAGCCGCCGUCUACAACGGUGCUCUUCGCCUCACAGGCGGUACAUCUGCUGCGACUCCUAUUUUCGCCUCCGUGAUCAAUCUCAUCAAUGAGGAGCGCAUCAAGGCCGGGAAAGGACCUGUAGGGUUUAUCAAUCCUGUUCUGUAUGCGCAUCCCGAAGUGCUGAAUGACAUCACGAACGGAACGAAUCCGGGCUGCGGGACUGAUGGAUUUGCCGCAUCGAAAGGCUGGGAUCCCGCGACGGGACUAGGGACGCCGAAUUAUCCUAAGAUGUUGGAGUUGUUUAUGAGUCUACCUUGA